AUGUCUUAUGGCGAAAACACAUUUCUGUUUGAUUUUAUAACUCAAUCAAAUUUACGGUCAAAAUUUGAUAUAUUAGUACUGUUAGAAAAUUUCUAUAACAAAUUUGAUUGCGCAAGAUCAUUUCUCAGUAGAAAGUUACGUAUGCGAUCGGAAAUUCCCGAUUUUUUUGGUUCUCUUGUUAAUAUGGAUGAGUUUUAUGAAUUAAAUCCAACAAAGGAAUCUUCCUGUCUACUAUGGGAAAAACUGUUAAAACAAGCAAGAGUCAACUUUUUUCAAGAAAAUAAGCGCGAUAUGAAAGUUGAAGAUUUAAUCAAAGAGUUACGCGCAGCAGGAUUAAAUAAAAUGGCUACCAAUUUAGAGGCUCUGUUAUUUUGGAAUAUUGUUCCUUUAAAAGUAAAGUUGAAAGUUCUAAUCAGGUAAACAAAUUAGCACGUUAUCUCCAGUUAUUCUAAAUUUAACUUCAAAAGCUUCUACUGAUGGAUGAGAUUAUCAAAAUUUACUCCUUCAAUACAUAUCGAAAUCUGUUAAAAUUGUUUUACUCAUGAGAAAAACCGGGUCGCGUUCACUUGGCCGACAAUCACUUGGCCGACACCAUUUCGCCGACAAAUUGUUUGACCGACAUGUACACUUCGCCGACAACUCAUUUGGCCGACAAAUAUCUGAAGUCAAAAAAAGUGAAAUUUCUUGAAAAUAUUACGUCAGAAUUUUUUUUAAAUUCACCUACGUAAUAGUGUGAUUCACUGUUUGUUAGCGGAAUAUUGAUCUAACUAGAGAUAUAUAUGUAUAUCGUACGUGUCAUCUAUGUAGGAUAGCAGAACAGAAGAAAGAAAGAAAAAACGAAAAUACCAGAUAUAACUGUGUUACACUAUAACGCUGUUUUUCUUUCCUAUCUUUCACU